UAAAAGAGGCUCAAACUUGGUGGGUGAUCAGCAUUCGGCAAGAGCUAUGACCACACAAAAUAAGAAGCCCCUAGCUAUCAUGGUUCUUGAGUUACAGGGGACCCGCUGCUUUUGCGGAGUACUGUAUUUCAACAUAAGAUACGUAGCUGAAAAGGAUUUUUUAAAGUUUUGCUUCUUUUUCCUUUUAGAUUACUAUGUAUUAGAAUUUGUCAAGAUACGAUAUUUAUUUAGUCUUACAAUAUGCCAAAGUUUACAAGAAAAAGUAAUACGAUUCGCUUUUUUACCUAUUCAAUAUUGUAUUCUAUUAGAGCUCUCACGCUAGCCUUCAAUUCAUCCUUUUUUGUAAAAAUCUGACGUAGACUAUCGGUACAAAAAGAAGGAAUGCCGCUACAGUAGCGUAUUCUUCCCAUCCUCAAAACAUAUUCUUCAUACCCAAGUGCAUAUCACCUAUGGGAAAAAUCUAGAUACGUUUCGUCUGUAAUCGGGUGAUACACAACUAGUUGGUUUAAACUAUAUUUAUUUAAAGAUAAAGAAAUCCUAAUAACCUUCGAACUAAAGCGAGAAAUUGCGAUUACAUAAUUCAAGGAGUUAUUUUACAAGGUGUUACUCUUUUCCAUAAGAAAAAUAUUUACUAGUUGGAAAAAGGUCUUUUAACUAGAUCCGUCUGCAUGUGCAACUAGCAACAGUUAAAUCGAUCGAUUAUCGGGCAAUAAAUUGAUAGUUGCGACUGAAAAGAAAUCUUGCAAUCGCCCCAUUACUAGAUUUCCACUGUCGUUACCAAAUAAUUGCAGUAUAGUAACUGGAUGAAUUGGACGAUACUAGAUUGUUUUUUAUGCUUGGGAUAUAGGAUUGAAGGUUCUUUUACACAUACAAAUAGCAGAUUUGUCCAAAUUAUAUGAAUGCAUAGAUGGUGCAAUGAGAGCUUAUGCUCUGAGAAAAACUCUGUGGGAAAAGCUGAUUUUUUCGCGAAAAUUUUAUAUGAUGUUUAGAAAUCAAAGUUCAUUUCAGACAUCUAUAGGAUUAGCAAAAAUCUGACUCUUUAAAGUUGAAUUGAUUUUGAAAUUUUCACGCCUGACUUUUUCAUACUCGAUGUUGACAGAAACUAAAAAAGUUUUUCUAGAUAACCUACUAUUUGAUAAUGAACUAUUAGUAAAAACGUUUAAAACGUUUUUGACAUAGAGUACGUACUUCAAUAGUGUAAUUGUGUGAAGUUAUGAGAAGUACCCCAAGCUUAUCGACUGACACAUCUAAUUACAACUAUAAAUAUAGCUGAUAUAGUUUUUAUUCUUAUUAGAUAGAUUAUAGCUAAGAAAAAUUAAAUUAAAGUAAAAUGAGAUAUUCUUUGGUCUGAGACCAAGGGUAGGCCCUUAUUUUAUCAAUCAAAGAAGUUGGCGACUAGCUUAAAAUAUCUGUGUACAAUGACUUAAAUAAUAUAAUUCUGUUUAUAUAUAAUUGUUUCUACAACCAGCGAAUUUUGAGUUGUUUUCGAAUAAACAAAGUAUCCGUUCAUUUCUUCCGGCGAAAAAACUGCUAGGUUUUUCGCGCAUAUUUCAGAAAAUAGAGAGAAAGAUUCAAUUUAUCUAUAUCAUUCUUUAUAUUUUAUUGUUCUUUCUGUAUUAAGAUAAAGCCUCUCUGGCGACUUCUCAGAUCGCUGAUACAGAUGAAAACAUGUCGAUCGAUGAUGGUGUUAGCGUCUGCAGCAAUAUUUCCAAUGGCAAGAGUGUAUAUGACGAUUUCGAAGAUGGUGCUAAUGUUGAUGCAAAUAUGGGUAUGUCAUCUGAUGAUUUAGAAUUGAAACUUGAUACUUCUAUAGUAGAUACAAGAAAUAAGGAUUUGAAAACACGUGAAACAGCCUUACGAACAUUACAAACAUUAUUUUCAAAAAAAUAUAUGUACGACAUGAUUGUGAAUCGGAAAGAAACUAUUACUGAACAGUUAUUAGCUUGUCUGAAAAAAGCAGGUGACAUCGAAGGAAGAUUAACACUAAAUGUUAUUGCAUUGUUUAUGAUACAGCUUGGUAUUCAGGACGAAGAUUUAUAUCAACAAUUUCAUGAUACUCUGUUGACAAUACUUCGAGAUGAUACAAAGCCAAUUAGUAUGCGAGCCAGUUGUGCUCAUGCUAUUGGUAUUACAAAUUACAUUGCAGGCGAUGAUAUUCUAAAUACCUAUGAAUUGAUGAAGUCACUAGAAAAUAUAUUCUCAAAAUCCUAUUUGACGGAAGAUGGAACAACAGUAGUGGUUUCAAACGCAUUACAACAACUUCAUAUAGCAUGUUUAUCAUCAUGGGGUUUAUUAAUGACAGCUAUGACUGACAAUCGAGCACACGAUCUUCUUAAAUUAUAUUUAAUAAAAAUACCUGAUCUAAUCGAAAGCAACGAUCCUGAACUUCGAAAUGUAGCUGGUGAGACAAUUGCUGUUAUGUAUGAAAUAGCACGAGAUCUUAAUAGUGAGAAGAAUGACGUACGCGUUUUUCCAAGCCGAUGGAACAUAGCCGGUGUUGAUGCUAGCAUUGAAAAGACGAGUGAUAUGUUGAAUGAGAGAAGGUGUGUGGUUCCGCAAACAACGAUUGUGAAUGUUGUCAGGGCCGGGUGA